AUGUGCGUGCGGUCGUGCAGCAGCGGGCUGGCGGUGGCGGUGGGCCUGGUAUCGCUGACCGCGCUGGUCACCGGCUUUGUCUCCAACGUGUGGCUCUACACCAGGGAGCCCGUGGCCCUCCCCAACAACCAGCCCCCGACCACCGUCACCUUCAGGAUCGGCUUCUGGAGGGUCUGUCCCGCCCUCAACAAGACCAACUACACAGUCCGUGAGUAA